AUGGCCUUAGGAUUUCGGCCAAAUGUAAAAUCAUCCACCAUUACGGGAUAUUCAACGACGUUUAUUUAUUCGACAUCCACGUCGACUUCCGUAUUAUCCGUAGUUUUGCUCGUUUGUUUGGAGACUGUUUUGCUGUCGACCGGAAGCGACUGCACAAAAAACUUCGUAGUUCAUUGGAACACAACAAAUCCAAUGAAGGUCUAUAUAGAUUUAGGAGAUGAAGAAGGAAAAAAUAACCGAAAAAAAUAA